CAAAACCCCUCUCUCUCUCUCUAACGUUGAGUCUCUAGAAAUCUUCACCGGAAAACACAGAGCAAAAGAUGUGUGGCGGUGCAAUCAUCUCCGAUUACGACCCAAUCUCCGAGCGCCGCCGCCGCAAAAUCUCCACCCAUGACCUCUGGGCCGAGCUCGACCCCAUCUCUGAGCUCUGGUCCUUCAACUCCUCAUCCGCCAUUAAUGGCCUCAAACAAAGCUCCCCGUCCACUCUCCCUGUUGUUACCAACCGCCUAAAUCAAGUUUUACUGUGCAAAGAUGGAGGAGCUGAAAAUGCGGAGAAAAGUGAGAAGAAGAGGGCGAGGAAGAACGUGUACAGAGGAAUCCGGCAGAGGCCGUGGGGGAAAUGGGCGGCGGAGAUUCGCGACCCUCAGAAAGGGGUUAGAGUCUGGCUGGGGACGUUCAACACCGCGGAGGAAGCGGCCAGGGCAUAUGACGUGGCAGCCACGCGCAUCCGUGGCAAGAAGGCCAAGCUCAACUUCCCAUCUCCGGCGCCGUCGCCGGCGACCAAGCCAAGCUGCGGCAGUGUGGCGGUCAGGGCUCACAGCCCUCAGGAAAGCUCUGACUCCUCCUCUGCUACGGCGGCGAGCCUGAACCCCUCCCCAUUGGUGGGAGCGGCGGACGGCCACCAUAACCAGGGCGGAUCCGAGUUUAAGGUUCAGAUAUCAGACUUGGAAUCGUUCCUCGGACUGGAACCGGAGCCGACUCAGUUGGGUGCCGAGUUCGACUCGUUUGAUCCCUUCCUGGUGGGCCCCGUGGAGGAAUGUUUCCCUGCUACGCAGCAGCACCAGGUGUUCUACACCGUACCCUGAUCAUACAUAUUGUGUGUAUAAAUAUUUGUGAUUUCCUUUCGGAGUGUUGUACUUAAUACCUAAGAGUCUAAGACGGAGUUUGAUGGUUUGUUAACGGCGUUAAACUCCCGCCUAUGAUAAUAAGGUGCACGCGGUUGUAUGUGAUCCGGACGUAUGUGAUCUAAGACGUUGUCGUUUGUGCCUGUGUUUUUCUAAACCUAGGAUUUUGCCGAUAAUUUAAAAAUGCUUUGGUUCAUGCA